AUGUUGUGUUAUCGCUCAUCUCCAGCAGAUGGAGAGGUUUCAUCUUCCACAUCGACUGAUCAGCACGCGCGUAUGACGACGAUCUCUCCAAGUGUAAAUCGUAGCCACGCGCCGCUUAGUUCGGAGCUGAGGAGGAUCGACGGAACCCGGCGGUGGCAGCCGUCUCUUUCUGCCAUUUCGGAAGAUGCAUCUACCGUCUCCGCCGGAGAGAGGGAACGUCGAAUGACUAAUGCCUCGCUAGAAAAAUCUGUAGACAUCAAAACGGCGUCGUUCGCCCGCAGAGAAACGACUCUGAAGAAAGCAUGGAGAAACACAAUAACAUAUCGUCCGGCAUCGCCAGGAUUUGUUUCUUCUCCGUUCAUGUAAUGAAGUUCAUAUUAGUGUUGUAUUUAUUUAACUUUAAGAGAUAACUUUAAGUCUUUAAAUAUCGUCAAAUUAACCUUUUCCAUUG